AACUAGUUGUAGGAAGUUUUAUUGUCUUCAUUUCAUGUGACCAGUUCGCCGAAUCUUGAAAACCAACUUUAAACAUUAUCUAUUCCAAAAUGUCAUGAAAAUGGGUCCCAACUGAUGUCCAAUGGGCCCCAUUCCAAACGGGCCCAAUAUGGAUCACUUAUAAGCCCAACUAAUAACCAAAGGCCCACUAUCGGAGAAAGGCGACAUCUCCAUCAUUUUGCCCCGUCUUCGAUAUCUCACAUGCAAUUGCAGAGAAGCUCCGAACAAAGAGAAAGGCCAUGAAUAUUUUCGGUUCGAGCAGAUCUUCGAUUAACCGAUGGAACUCGAAGAAAUCCAAUUUACAGCUCCGGCGUUUUUCUUUGUCUGUUCUCGUUCUUCUCUUCUGUUCCCUCUUUCUCCUCUACAUGUCCUCCUCCUCUACCUCUUCCUUUAUGUACUCGACUGCAUUCUCCACUUCAACUACGCGCCAGUGCAAUUCCCAGAUCUUAAACAUCGGUGAGAAAUUUCUGUUUUACGCGCCUCACAGCGGCUUUAGCAACCAGCUUUCCGAGUUCAAGAAUGCUAUUCUGAUGGCUGGGAUUCUGAACCGGACUCUUGUUGUUCCGCCGAUUCUCGAUCACCAUGCGGUUGCUCUCGGGAGUUGUCCGAAAUUCCGAGUUCCGGAUCCUGGUGAGAUACGAUUUUCGGUUUGGGAGCAUAUGCUUGAGCUUCUUCGGAGUGGAAGGUACGUUUCGAUGGCGGAUAUUGUAGAUAUUUCAUCAUUAACUUCUUAUUCUUCUGUUAAAGCCAUAGAUUUUAGAACCUUUGCAUACUUAUGGUGUGGAGUGCAUCUGGAAAGUGUUUGUUCAAAUGAAUAUAACCUAAAGCAUUGUGGUCGUCUACUAGCAGGGCUUGAUGGGAAUGUAGACAAAUGUUUACAUGCUGUAGAUGAAGAUUGCAGAACUACAGUUUGGACUUACCAAAAUGGUGAAGUUGAUGAUGCCUUAGACUUGUUUCAGCCUGACGAACAGCUUAAGAAGAAAAAGAAACUGUCCUAUGUCAGGCGCCGUCGAGAUGUAUAUGGAACCCUUGGACCCAAUUCGAAAGCUGAAUCAGCUACUGUUUUGGCAUUUGGAAGUCUUUUUACUGCUCCAUACAAAGGUUCAGAGCUGUAUAUUGAUAUCCAUGAAGUUAGUGGAGAUCAAAGCAUCAGUUCUUUGAUGAAAAACAUUGAUUAUCUACCAUUUGUCCCAGAAAUCUUGAGUGCAGGAAAAGACUAUAUUGACAAGAUCAUAAAAGCUCCAUUUCUUUGUGCCCAACUGAGAUUGUUAGAUGGGCAGUUCAAAAAUCACUGGAAGGCUACUUUUUUGGCCCUCAAACAGAUAGACUCGAUAAUAAAGAAUGCUAAUGAACCUAUUCAUGUUUUUGUGAUGACUGAUCUUCCUGAAUCUAAUUGGACUGGAAGCUUCUGGGACUUGGUUAGUGAUUCAAAUCGCUUCAAACUCUUUUUCCUCAAAGAACACGACGAAUUAGUUCUACGAGCAUCUAAAAAGGUGAUGGCUGUAGGACAUGGCUUGAGAUGGACAUCCAGUGCAUUUGGUCCUGGCAGCAUUCGUGAUAUGAAGAAAAAAUGUGCUUCUGAGAGAUUACCGGAUGUUCUCCUAUAUAUAGAGGAAACUGUUUGCAGUUGUGCUUCACUUGUUUUGUUGGUACUGCUGGGUCCACCAUUGCUGAAAGCCAUAGAGCUGAUGAGAAAAUAUGGAGUAUGUUCAAGUCAAACUUGAACCCCAUUUUGACAUUUACCUUCAAACAUGAAAUUCUUUGGGAUGUCCACUGAACCGGAUUAUUGGACGGAAACUCCGAUGUACUUUGAUUGAAUAUGACCAUCUGAUUCUUCUCUGCUUGUCAUGCCUCAAAGAGUCGAAGACUGCUUUCCCAGCAAUUCUCUCGUGUAUUCUUGUGACCGGUGGUGAUUCACCCCGCAUAGAAUUAUGCUUUUCGAUUUACCAGCAACUGAUGUGGUGGAUUGUAUCAAUAUUGGUCAUCGAAGGUUGCAUUUGGAUGUAAGUAUACAUACAGUUCCAUAUUUACUAUGAAUA